CAUUGACGUUACUCGUCGAUUUAAAGUGUCCGGUGGUUCGUUCGGUGAGCGGACAGACACCCGAACCGUUCGCCGUCUUCCGGUCCGCGUAAACAACGGUCUGUCUCCCAUUUGGCCUGGUCCCUGGGUGUGUGUCGUCGAUACGGAGAGAGAUCGUUCGAUAAGUGCUCGAUUAUUGUUGUUUCGCGGAAGUGUCACGAGGUGCGCGUAUUGUUUCGAAAGUAUCGGCGACCCGUGUGCGAUCGUGUGCGCGCCACGAACGUGCACCGAUUACGUUCCUAGCUGGCUGGGACUGUCGCUUGUUGCGAUACCAUUCGCGAUUUUUCUUAUUCUUCGUUCCGGGGCCGCAGUUCCAUCGACCACGGUACACGCAGAUGACGCGAUGACGCUGCACUGGUGGAUGCACUGGUUCUGGGUUACCGCUCAAUUUCUCGUGAUUCUAGGGAACCCAGUGCCGUCCAGCACGGCGGAGCCUCGCGUGCAGAGUCGUCCGAGCUCGGAGCCGACGCCGGAAGUGUCCUCUGUGGACGCGGAAAUGGUAGAGGCGCGACCGGGCUUCCGUGUAGCAAAGGCGAUCGGUUUCAACCCGGCGACGAACGCGGCCAUGGUCCUCGACAGACUGCCCUCGACGACGGACUCGGCCCCCGCGGAGGCCAGAGGGAACGUCGUGGUGACGAGCGUGGACCCCGUCGCCGAGGACUUCCGGCGUGACGGGAUUGCGCGCGCCGUUAACGCGACGAGCCUGGAGCCGAUCGGUCGGCCGGCGACUUCGGACAGGAUUCGAAGCCCCGCGACGAAGAAGGACAGCAAGAUCACCUGGAUCCUGACGUCGAACAAGACGGCCAGGCCGAAGUACGAGCAAGAGGAGAGACUCGACGAGAACCGGAACGGUUCGACGGUGGACUUCGUCGAGGACCUCACGGUGUUGCCUCUUCAGGAAGAGGUGUCUAGAAUCAGGCUGGUACUGAACAAGACUAAAUCGUCGACGCUGUUGUCCGCGUCCUCUUCGUCCUUGGCCUCGUCCGUCGGCGCCUCCGGCAUCAGGUCGUUCAACCGGUCCGACGGCGACGGCGACGUCGAGAUCGACGAGGAGCUAGUCAAGCCGCAGCUGUUCGCCACGGCGGCGUCGAUCCUCGAAGUUGGCGUGAGCGAGUCCACGCGUCUAAGCCGAGCCAGGAGUGCAUUUCCCAAAGAUUUCCAAAGGGAUCAGGUCCAAGGGGACCAUCUGCCCGACUACAACAACGGCGAGAACUCGAAGCAAGAGAGCUCCUCGAGGUCCACCGUAGACAUCGCCGCCAUCACCGGAAGCUGUCUCGCGACUGUUGUCAUACUCAGCACAAUGGGCAGCCUCGGAUUCAUUAUGUACAGGCGCAGGUACCUGAAUCCGCCGCAGACCUUGAAUAGCGAUAAGUGCAGCAACCCCGAUAGUUCCGGUUACAUCGACGAUUCCACUAUUCGUGAUAACUCCGAGGAGAUGUACAGCCUGGACAACGACUCGUUCCUAAACUCGUUGGAGGCGAUGACAAUACAGAAUUACUGGACGGACAGCGUGAAACACACGAAGCUAUGACAAAAGAAGAUAAUCCAGCCGGGGAAGAGGAUGGAAACGUUCAGUAUUUCCGACGGUGAAGCGCACGAACAAAUUUCAUUGUUGGAGCAAUAGUACUUAAACUCGACGCGUGCCGUGCGCUGCGUUUAUUUGUUGUUGUUUUUUAACGGUAUGGACGAUAGUGGAUUCCGGUAGCGUUGUUUUCUUCUGUACUUUCUUUUUUCUUCCUUUUUACUUCCCUCCACUCUCUCGCUGAAGCGAACAAAGCGUUUUUAUCCGUUCCCGCAGGAUCCGAUGGUAGUCGAACUCGCCUACCCCGAGGGUGAGAGAGCGUUGACGACACAUCAAAAUUACAGGACGCGCACGCAUUCCUAUAUUCCCGUGAUCAUCGUGUCCUUUCCGAUGCGACUGGGAAUAUAUUCUUACACACGCCUGGAUUUUGAUUUCGUCACCAGCACCGUUCCGUAUAUAUAUUUUUCUACCGUUACUAUUCGCGGCCGGCGAACAACCUCGUUCAGGCCGCAGUGAAAUCGGUUGGUGCAAUAGAAUGUACUUUAUCGAUGCGCGACGGUUAAUGAUAAAAUCCUUAGAACAUUAAGUACAAAUAAAACCGUUGAUUUCUAGUUAGAUAUAAAAUAGGGACGGAGAGGGAGAGAGGUAAUUUCAUAAAAACGAAUUCCUAACGAAGAUACUAAAGUCGCCAGAGAAUACUUCCAAACUGCGAGGGUAGCCACCAAACUUUAUCACCGAAUCGAACAAGCGGCGUUGCCCGAGUCGUUCAACAAUACUUGCAUGAACGUCCGAGGGAUGAAAAUAGCCCCGUCCGAGGUCGAAAGCCAUAUUCGGUCGAUUAGAUUAGACUUCAAUAAGUUUAAAUGUCCGACUACCUUUUAAAAAGUGUAUUAUACAUGACCCCGUUAUCGAGGACUAUUUCCAUUCCUUGAAUCGAAAUCAAUCGCUGGACUGCGGACCGUUGCGCGAAAUAAAGAAUUAUCCGCGUCAAUUCCAAGCAACAAGAGUGAGAUUGAGAGAAGGUCUGACUGUAAUUGUUACGUUGGAAAUGGUAAACGGUAUUCUGAACAUUACCGCAGUCUAGUAACGAUAGUUAGAACAAUAUAUGUGAAAUAUUUUUUGAAGUCAAUGUAUACAAGUUUCGCUCGGGUAACGCUUCCUGCGAGUUUCUUUUGCUUAUAGUAUUUUAACAGACCUCUGUCUGUAUUGUUUUAUGAUUUAGACGCGAUCCUCGGUGACCUUUCGUGACCCCGUGCCAUAAGGCACUGAACUAUCGUUAAAGGCUGCAACGUAUGUAGUGGCUUUCUAUUUUAUGAUGCAAAGAGACAGGCUGGCCGUUGUUACCUUUAAGAGAACUCUAAGCGAAAGAAAUAUUUCUACGCGAUAAAGUAAAGAGAGGAUAUCCUGUAUAUAUGUACUAUGAAUUUCUAUUGAUACGACCACGUUUAGGUAUCUCCUCUUAAUUUGUGAUCAAGCUUCAAAAACGUUUCUUACGGUCUUCGAACCUGAAAGAGAGUACACAUGGUUCUAAUAGGGUAACUGGAGAACAAUUGUAACUCGCUUUGCGCACGUUACUUGUCGGCUUCAAGAACACAGACUAUUUUCGAAAAAACAAAAAUGAAAAAACGAAACCGGGCUAACGAGAGGAUCGGACCAAAUACAUUAUGUAGUUUGUAGCUUCACGCCUUUACAACAUAUCCAGCAAAACCGUUCGCGAAGCGGAGAUAUUCGAUUCGUCUUUUUCCACUAACGACUUCUAGCUUGUAUAUAUGUAUGUAUGUACGUGUACAAUAAUUACGAAUGUAUCUUUUAGGUGUGCAAAUUUUCUGAGAUUUACGUUCUAGUAGAAGGUUAGCGCGUGUUGUUUCAAAUAUAUUUCUAUACCGAGCCUCCCGCUAUCGAGGAAAAACAGAGUUUAUUGUGAUAGAUCGUAGCGUUUAAUAAAUGUAAAAUUAUCACCGAUUCAUCGUAUGGUAACGGUUGUGAAUAAACCACUCGUAUUAUUAUUAA